AGUAACAGCAGCACUGGUUUGUUAUGGUGUACUUUUUUUUAAUGUGUAAUCUCGUAAGGCACUUACCCCUGUUCCUGACAACUCGAUAAAUUAUUAUUACCAAUUCUAUAUCUAAUUGCCAGUUAUUUCCCCCUAGACAAUUUGAAUCCGAAAAGUACCCACUAGAAAGGCGCUUGGUGGGCUGUUUCCCAGAGCCUCCCUGGCUGUUUCUGGAGGCAGCCCCUCUUCCGCUGGUGAGCCCCACUUCUGCCAGCCUCGUGACCCCGUGCACUGGCACGAACAAUUGCAUUUCUGUCGGGCUCAUGACCCCACUUGUAACAGCGGUGACCCCCCUUGGGGUCAGGACCCCUCUCCUGCGCAGGGAACAGCUCCUGCCCAGCAGCUCUUGCUGAGUGUCUCUGCCUCCCUCACUCCCUGUGUGGACCCGGCUGUUGCACACUAAGUUUGCCGAUGUGAAAUUUAGGUUAAUCCAUUUCCAAAGUGGAUUAAGCUAACCCACACAAAGGCACUUAGUAUAAAAUAAGAGUGUCCACAUGGUGAGGCAGCACGGAAUAGUGACUGUGCUUCAAACUCGCAUCCUGGCCACUUUGUGUCCUGCAAGCUCACCAAAUGGAGGGACAGGCACUCUGCUCCCAGGGGAUGUGCUCUCUCAAAUGGCUUUAAGCUGGUCUAGCUUGAAGCCAAAGGAAGUGCAAGGAGUAAACAAAGCCCAGCAAUGGGAAGGGGUUAAAGCCCGCUCUGCUGAGGUUCUCAGCAAGGCUCCUGUUCACCUUAAAUGGUCAGGAUUUUAUUUUAGCUUUAGGGAGGAGCAGCAGCCAUGGAGCUGGAAGAGAGUGCAGAGAAGUCCCUGCAGCUGGGGGCUCGCAGCCCACUGGCCUCCCAGCCAUCCGGCUCCUGUGGAAGGCCCCCAGGACUCCCGUGCUUGCGUUUCAGCCUCUGGCUCCAUGAGCAGCCUGGAGAAGAUGGAAAUGUAGUAGUGAGUGAUGCCCAUUUUCACCUCUGGCCUCAGAUCUUCCUAAGCCACCCUUUUCCCUUGCCUCUUCCCUGGCAGUGAGGUGGUUAAUGCUGGAACAGAUAACAUCACAACUGGACAUUCCCACUAACAAGCCAUAAACCCAAACCUGGCAGUUCCCAUCCUGGCUCUGGCACCAUUUCUGGUACCAGCCUAUUGCAGGCUCGACACUGAGCUGCUACACUUGGUUUAUUUCAUAAACCAUUUCCUUUGUAACCAUUAAAUAGUGAAGCAUGAGGUGGGCUGGGGAGGGGGAUGCUGCAAUGCUGGCGCCCAUCACUGUGGUGGGGAUCACCAUCCCAUCAUGGUGAUCCCAAACUAAGGUACAGCUCAUUGACCCACUGACCUCGGAGCCCAGCCUGGCAGCGGGUCCCAGCCUGGGGGAUGCCGAGACCCCCAGCGCUGCCCUGCCAGAGCUGGGGCGCAGCAUCCCCAUCCUCCCUGGGAUCUGGCAGCCCAGAUCUGCCCUGCCCAGAGCUGUGCUGGGCAAGCCGCUGGUUUCCCAACAGCCCUGCUCCAGCGUUCAGAGGCUGCGGCGGUGGCUGAUGGUGCUGCCGGCAGCGCGGGGUCCCUCUGCUCCCGCGGAGCGAGGGAGAAUCCUCGGGAACAAAAGGAUUCGGCACCGCGGCACCCACCGCGCGGGGAAGGGGCUGCGGGACGCACCGCGCCCGGGGCUCGCGGCAGGGGCCCCGCACUUGCAGCCGCACACGGGCGGACCCAGGGACGGAGCUCCCGGGGCCGCACCGAGCCGGGCGGGCACAGGGUCCCCGGGCCGGGCCGUGACGGGCGGCAGCCCCCGGUGCUGUGCCGAGCGGAGGGUCCCCGGAUCGGCUGCAGCCCCCCGGGCCGUGCUGAGCGGAGGAUGCCCGGGCGGGUAGCGGCCCUCCCGGCCGAUCCGAACCCAUCCGUACCGUGCCCCGGCCGCGCAUUCUCGCGCUCUCCAGCAGGCGCCCGGCCCUGGACAUUGUCUCCUCCCGGGGAAGGGCCCUCCCGGCCCUCCACAAUGUGCUCUUCCAGGCGCGGCUCCGCGCCCCCCGCCGCGCCCGGCCCGGUGCGCCCGCCCCCCGCGGCCCCGCUCCCCUUCCCCCGCCGCCCCCGCCCCCUCCGCCCGCGGCCGGGCCCCGCUCGCCCCCCUCCGCCUCCCCGGCCCCCCCCCGGGAGCCGGGAGUGACGCGCUCCGCAGCGCCGGCCCCUCUCCCCGGGCAGCAGCUGGCUGUCAGCCUCUCCGGAGCGCCGCCAGCCCGGGCCCCCUCCCUCCGUCCCUCCGUCCCUCCGCCCCGCGCUCCCCGCCGCGCCGCCGGGCUGGCGCAGGCCGGCAGGCCCCGGGCUCCGCUCCAGGAUGAGACGUCGGUGAGCAGCGAGGACUUUGAUAUGAACGACUCCACAUGGAUCUCAGCUGACCAGCACCUGAACUCCAGCCUGAGCCCCAGCCAGGACGAGAGCAUGCGCAGCCCGCAGAACCUGCACGGCCAUGAGGACGAUGACUCCUCGUCAGAGAGCUGCAGCGGGAAUGGCUCCUCCACCCUGAACCCCUCCACCUCCAGCAGCACGCAGGGCGACAGCGCCUUCCCCGAAAUGAACGGCAAUGGCACCGCAGCCCCCAUGGACUUCACCGCCUCUGCUGACGACCAGCCCAUCAACCUCUGCGACAAGCUCACGCCUGCCCACAUCACCCCUUCCUACCAGUCUGACAGCUGCAGUGCUGAUGGGCUGCGCAGCAGGGUGAAGUACGGGGUGAAGACCACAGCAGAGUCCCCGCCAUACAGCUCUGGCAGCUAUGACUCCAUCAAGACAGAGGUGAGCGGCUGCCCCGAGGACCUGACUGUCGGCAGGGCCCCCACAGCUGAUGAAGAUGACGAUGACCACGAUGACCACGAAGACAAUGAUAAGAUCAAUGACUCAGAGGGGAUGGACCCGGAGAGGCUAAAGGCCUUCAAUAUGUUCGUGCGCCUUUUUGUGGACGAGAACCUGGACAGGAUGGUUCCUAUCUCCAAGCAGCCCAAGGAGAAGAUCCAGGCCAUCAUCGAGUCCUGCAGCCGGCAGUUCCCCGAGUUCCAGGAGCGGGCGCGCAAGCGCAUCCGCACCUACCUCAAGUCCUGCCGUCGCAUGAAGAAGAACGGGAUGGAGAUGACCAGGCCCACGCCGCCUCACCUGACCUCAGCCAUGGCAGAGAACAUCCUGGCCGCCGCCUGCGAGAGCGAAACGCGGAAAGCAGCCAAGAGGAUGCGGCUGGAGAUCUACCAGACCUCCCAGGAUGAACCGAUCGCUCUAGACAAGCAGCACUCCAGAGACUCCACAGCCAUCACCCACUCCUCCUACUCACUGCCAGCUUCAUCUUACUCCCAAGACCCAGUCUACAUCAAUGGAAGCCUGAACUACAGCUACCGUGGCUACGGGUCCCUGGGGGGCAGCCUGCAGCCCCCCGCAUCCCUCCAGACGGGCAACCACAGUAAUGGUCCGACCGACCUCAGCAUGAAAGGUGGGGCCUCCAGCACAGCCCCGUCCAACAGCACCAGCCGGGGCAUGCAGGCGGCGCAGCUCAGCCCCACGGAGAUCAGCGCCGUGCGGCAGCUCAUCGCCGGAUACCGGGAGUCGGCGGCGUUCCUGCUCCGCUCUGCAGACGAACUGGAAAACCUCAUUUUACAGCAGAACUGACUCCCCGUGUCUGCAUCGCUCCUCGGUCGACAAGACAAUUUAUACCUGCUAGAAAGAGGCUCCCGGCGGUGUCCUGCUCAGGAUCGCCAUCGUCCUCCUGCCACGUGGUGGGCACAUGUAGUUUUAGAAGGUGGGAUCCAAAAGACCUGUUUUCUUUUACACUCCGAGCACCUGGGACUUCAGGCACAAGGACACGUUUUGGAACCGUACCAACACCCCGUGCCUCCGGCCGACCAGAAGCCAACCCUGCAGCUUGGAAGGAUGUGGGACUGUGAAGGGCAGAAGGGAGCCUGGGGAGGUUUGGGGCUGCAGAUGUAUUUAGAAUAACCUUUGUGGACCCAAAUGUUAGAUUCCCAUCCCUGGAUAAUUUCCAAGUCUUAGGUGAGCUGAAUCACAUAUUUAUUGAGAAAUGGACCCUCCUCUCCCCUUAGUAAUUUAUUUUUCUGAAAAUGGAUUCUUUUGAGUUUGUACAGAUUGCCAGUUUUUUGUCUGUCUGAUCAGAAGGAAUUUAUUCCUGUGAAAUAACACAUUCCAUAUCACUACACUAAUUUCCAGGCAGCUCUGCCUGUUUCUCUGGUGAACCCUUGUCCCACAGGGAGCAAGUUUGCCAUCCAGCCCUUGACAUCGAGGCUGCUCAGCCUCCAGUGAGCGUAGGUGGGAGCUGAACAGCAGCGCAAGCGUCCUGCUUGGGCCUUUGUUCUAAGAGGUCCCGUAGCAGCAGUGGGGUCUGAACCUCCCGCAGAGACUCGGCAAGCUCAGCAGACCUCCGGCUGGAAGGACAUCUCGCACUCAUUAAAGUCAUUGCAGAUAAGAGAAGGAAGGAAGAAAGGAAGGAGAUGCCUGAGAAACACUGUCGUGCGGUCACCAUCCGUACUCUACCUCACACUCCAUUGUGGGCUUCUUCCAGGACUGGCAGCGCCGGUCCUGGGGGUGGGUGAGUGUUGCAGACACGGGGAUCGUGCCGAGGAGGCUGGAACCUCCGGCUGGGUCCUGCUGCCCGGCCGUGCGCUCCGCUCCGUCUGCAGCCAGCCCGGGAGCGGGGAUGAAGCGCCCGGGGCCGCGGGCUGGGAGGCAGGGCAGCCCCAGGGCUCGCCCCAGAGGUGGGCUGGAGUGGUGACCGCCCGCUCCUGCGGGAGAGACGGGCAGCAUCGAGCAGCAGAACUGACUAAGUCCUCUCCGGGGCCCAGGAUCCUUCCCCCUCCCUGCUCACAGUCCUGGAACAAGCCCACAGUUCCCAAAGUGUGGAAGAACCGUAGUCCAGUGACCAUUCUGCCCUGUUUCCACCCCCUCACAACGAUGCACUUCGUUUUGCUCAGUGCAAUACCUACUGCCAGUGCUGCUAACCCAGGGACCUCGCUCCGGCCAGGGGUGCUGAGCCCAGCCCAGCAAUGCAACGUGCUCUGGAGCUGUGCAGAGACCAGCGAGGGUCCCUCUGCUCCCUGUCCCCCGCAGCCCCCCCACUUGGCUGAAGUCCACACCAUGAGAUAGAAAUUUGAUAAGUGUAAAGCUGUUUUGUAGGUAGGAACUUUCUUGGUUUGGAGCCAGUUUUUAUCUUAUUUUUUGGCCACCCAGAGCCGGCGGCCGGGGGCUGCUGCUCCAGGGGCCAGCGCUGGUGGCACAGGCUUGAGCAGCAGCUGGUCCGGCCGGGAGUGGGCCCGGGCAGUUCCCCUGUACCCUCUCUACCCCGUGAUGCUCCACACACUGGAAGAAAAACAAAACUUUACCCUGCUCUUAGUCUCAGAACAGAAAAAGCUGCUGGCUCCUGAGGCCGGGUGUGCCUGGCCCCACAGCAGAAGGGAUCAACCAUCGCAUUGACUGUUUUCCCCAAACCUUAAACUUUCCGUAGCAUUUGGAGAAAAGGGACCCAGCCCCUCGCCACAGGGUGCAGCUGAGGGGUCAGUGCAGAGACGAGGUGAUGGUGGCUCUUAGACCUGACCCGAUGCUGGCCCCAGGAGCAUCGUGGCCACACCGGUCCCCCCCUGCCCGCCACAGCAGAGCGUGGGGAGGGGGCCCCGGGGAUGCCAGCCCCCAGCCAGGGCUCAGACUUAACGCUUUCCCCAGCACUUCAGAAGCCUGCUUGGUUUGUCCACUGCAUCCUCCCAUACUUGGAAUUUAUGUAAAUAUUUAUUUUUGUGUGAAUACCAUGAAGUAACAAACCUUUGACAAAAUCUGUAACCGCAGCCAUUUGUGAAAGUCUUACCGUUCAGGCAGGAGAGGCAGAGACAAUCGCUGUCCCGGGAUUCUCCCUCUCCGUGGCCUCCCACCCACGCCGGUGCCUCCCUCCUCGGCAGAGGCAGAGGAACCUUUAGCCAUAAGUUUGCCAUCAGUUUGUACUGAAACAGAGGUAACCCGGGGGCACAUGGACAGACCACCAACAACCACAGUUGGGUUAAGUUUUAUUUAUCCAAGUCAUUCCUGAUCACCUCUGAACCUGUCUCGGCACAUGUGGAAGUUCAGGAGCUCUCACACGUGGUCAAAACUGCUGUAGAGGACACCGAGGCCAUGUCGUGAAGGAGGGUGCCCAACACCACCCUGUCCCAGCACCUGAUGUUCAUAACCUGCAGCUGAAUGGUACAGACUCAGAUUCCCAAAGCCCUGGUGACAGCCACAUCUGGGACAAGUUGUAAAACAAACGGGAUUGACUCCGAAUUUCUGUCAGGGAUCUUUUUAUUUUUCUUUCCCCUUAUUUUUUUUCUUUUUUUUUCUUUUUUUUUUCUUUUUUUUUUUUGGUGAGCCACAGCGUUCUGGUUCCUUUGGCAUGAGCUCCAUGAGCAUCUCCAUGCUCUGCAGCUGCUCCGUGCUCCACCGUGGCUCCCUGUGCUCCAGGACUGUUCACAGCCACAUUCCUGCGCUCUCACUGGGCAGGACGGGGUCAGGAAUUGCUAGUCCAGGUUCUCAACAAGAAGGAACAAGCAGGAGCAGAAUACACCGGCUUUCCAGAUAUCUGAGAGGUGGAAGGAGUAUGCUGGGUUAGCAAAUGGUCUGGAUGGUCUUGGGUUUGGUUGAGAAAAGCGGAUCACUGGUCGAAAAAAUGAGAUUUUUUUUUUUAAAUUUUAUUUUAUUUCAACACACCCAUCCUGCCCUGGAUGUGCAGUUCCCAUGAUGCUGUUUCUCUAUGGGAGAGCGUUCCCGGGGUUGUGAGCAGAUGUAACUCGUACCUCCCCGAUCCCAAGGGCCACUUCCCUCCCGGAGCGGCCGUCGGAUUUAGUACCAGUUCAUGGAAAAAAAAAAAAAAUGCUGCUUUGAACUCAGAGGGUUAAUAUACUUUUGAUUUGUAAUUUUUUGUAAAACUUUUUACAAGGUAGCAUAGUAUUUCACCAGACACCAACUACAAUCCGUCCAUGGUCUGAUUUUUAUAUAAUUUAGUGGUGCUUUAGAAACUUUUGUUCGGUUGUUUCGGAGCUGCACAGCUCAGUUCUUCGCCUGUAUCUACCUAAGACCAAUGUGAACCUUUGUAUUUUUGCUCCUAAUUUUGGACUCAGUGAAAGUGUACUGUUUACAUGUACAGAACUCCCGACCCCGUGUGUUCUGCCAGACCUGCUGUUGAAGAGGAAGCUGCCCCUCACCCAGUUCGUCUGCUUAUCCCAGCCACAGCCUCACCCACCCAGCGCCACGCGCCCGCCCAGGGACACCCACCAAACCCACGCGCCCUUUCAGCAGUUCUGGGUUUUGCACAAGCUCUUGUAUUUUAUUUUCCCCCGGUAGUUUUACGGAUCGGCUGCAGUUCCAGUCGGGAGCUGAUCCGCGGCUCUGAAGCACCAGAUCUGGGCAGUGCUGCUGCCUCCCCAUCCUCCUCCUCCUCCUCCCACACGGGCGGUGCUGCCCGUAGGGUGCAGCUGAUGCAGGGGAGCAGGGGGAGAACACUCCUGAGCAGAAUUGGGAAUUUUAGGGAAGGGGGUGAGCUCGCCCGAGCCGGCUCUGGCUUGGCGCGGAGGUGGGAGCGCGGUCCCGCGGGAGGCUCCCAGCGAGGCAGAAGAGGCUCUUUGGGAAGCUGCUGCUUUCCCGAGGGCUCGGAUAGAAAGCGUAUGGCACUUAAUCCAGCUUCUAAGGUGACACUUUAUUGCUUAAUCAAUUGAUUCCUUUGGAAAUGAUAUUUUUGCAGAUAGGCACCUAUGCAACUUCAUGUGGCUCUUAAGCAGAUGAGCACUUCCUCCUCAACGAGCUUGAUAAGAGUUAUUUGUGUUAUAUACUGUGGAUUUUUCCAGUAAAUGUGGCUUAAUAUUUUAAUUCUUAGAAUGUGUGUCUAUUAUAUAUGUGAUGCAACUUAAUUCUGUUCUGUUUGUGGAAUGAUUAGCACAGGCCAACUCCCUGUCCCCUCACUUAACAAAGACCAAUGAGCUGUUAAUCGAGCUGUUAUCUCCAUGGUAUUACUUGCUAAAUGCACUGAUUUCAUAAGUAUGUGGAAUCCUUUUUUUUUUUUCUUUUGAAUCUGUAUAUCAUAUAUAAGACUGAAUCUACUUAAUAAACACUGUAUAACAAAAAGGGCUUUCUCCUCCACUGUCGAGCCCCGCUGGCUGCCCCUCGCCCCAGGCCCUGUGCGAGAGGUUGGUGCCAUCAGUCACCAGAGCGGGAUCUAAAUUUAGGUGUUAAAAAGAAGAAAAAAAAAAAAAAACCAAACCAAACCAUCUCUCAUUCCUGUUGACAUAAGCUGUGCUUUCCAUUCCGUAACAGACAGCGUGGGUACCAGAGAGAGCAGUGGCAGCACUCACAAAGGGGGCAAGGCACCAGUUUUAUGCUUAACUUAUAUUUUGACAAAAUUAAUUUUGUGAAGUGUCUGGUUUUUGUGAGAAAAAAAAUAAGAAAAAAGAAGAAAAAAAGUUUUCAUUGAAGUUUGUGCGAAGUUCUCCCUCAUGGAAAAUACUGAUUUUUCGUUAUCAGCUUUAUUCACUAAGUAUAAUAAACCUUUGCAUCCAUAAA